AUGAGUCAAAGACUUGAGUUGCUCUAAAAGUAGAUGUCUUCCUUCUAAUAUACAGUUGAUGGAGGAAUUCUAACUAAGGAAGAAAGAUAAUUUUAUGAAGAAAACGGUUUCUUAGUGGUUAGAUAAAUGUUCACUCCUGAAGAAAUCAAAGAAUGGACUCAAAGAUUCAGAGAGUAUGCAGAUGGAUAAUUAGAACGCAAAUAUGGAAUGUAAGUAGUUAGAGACAUUUCAUUGGUCAAAAGAGGAGGAGGUAAGUAAUGGGGAGAGGAAGCAAUAACAAAAAUAUAAGACUGGUAAGAGGAUGAAAUAUUAUUCAAAUUUUGCAGAAACCCAAAAGUUAUCUAAUAUUUGAAAAGCUUCUGUGGACCAGAUAUCAAAUCAGUUCAUACAAUGUUCAUCAAUAAACCACCUAAUAUGGGAAAAACAUCAAGACACCCAAUUCAUUAAGAUUAAGUUUAUUUUCCAUUUGGACCAGCUGAUAGAAUAGCUGCUGGUUGGGCUGCACUUGAAGAUGCCAAUAGAGAAAACGGAUGUUUAGUUGUAUAUCCUGGUACUCAUAAAGGUAGUUAUACUUUUGUAUCAUUAGUUGGUCCUGUGGAACAUUGUUAUCCCGAUUGGAAAGAAGGAGUUAACAAAGCUUAUUGGGGAGUUAGAGAUAUGCCUCCAGAAUCUGCUCCGAAAAUUCAUUUAGAAAUGAAAGCAGGAGAUAUUGUUUUCUUUCAUCCAUAUCUAUUUCAUGGUUCAGGAGAAAAUAGAGUAUAUUUAAUAAAAUAAAAAUUUAGUCAAGUAGUUUCAGAAAAUCAAUUUGUUGUCAUUUUGCUUCUGCCAAUUGCCAAUACCAUGAUAUCAAAGGAACUUUCCAUGAAAAUUUGGCAAAAGACAUUAUUGCAUAUGCUUCAAAGAAAUUUGGACAUGUCAAUUACUUAGAUAUUUGGAGAUUUAAAUGCAGGUUGGUCUAAGGCAACCCUGAUCCACUAGGAUUAUGA